AUGCCCCCACAACCCCUUUCUCCAGCAGAAAUCUCCCAACGUUCCCUCAAACUAUUCAAUCCCAAUUUCAAGUCCCCUCGUGCAGUUCGAGAACCUACGAAACCCAGUCUUGCUUGGUCCAAGCUCCCUCCUCUUGCUGCUGAGAUCGACGAGAGGCCGAGCUUCAGAGUGCGACGUUUCAGAUUGUGGAAAGAGGUUACACCAGAGUUGAGGAAGGUCGUACUGGAUCAGAGGAAGAGAAUCCAUCUACGACGAUAUCAGUCCUAUGCCAUCCCCGCCACCUUUUCAGAGGAGAAACGGAAAUCACUUCUCGGUUCUUUACCUAGACCUACUCGACCAGGUUUGCCCACCUUAAUCCCUAAGGAGCAUGAGUGGACUUGGAGCACGCCUUAUAGAGAUCGGUAUCGACUACGACCUCUAUCGAAAAUUAGAGGUGAUACUUCGCUGCUGGGUGAAGGCGGAUUAUUGACUCCUCCUUUGUCACCAGAAGAGCGAUACAUCGACAACGACAAUGAGGAGGACUUGCAGGUACUCAGGGAUGACGGUCAUGGUAUCAGGGAGAUUCAAGUUAUCCAACCAGGGCUAUCGUGUGAUAUGGAUGAGUCUGAGGGACGAAAGUCUAAUCCUCAACAGGAAGGGCAAUGUACCAUCCCCCAGCAGAAUGAAGAGUCCUCAACGAGCGGAAAGGAAGCACUAGCUUUCAGCCAGGCGCAUAUUCCUAUUGAUUUGAACUCGAGCUUUUCCUCAUAUUGGCUUCCCCCUCUUCCCCCAUCGAACGACCUACCGUGGCGUAAAAAGUCCAUCGCCAAGAGAACACGCAAUAUGAAUUACCAAAAACUGCUGGAAUAUAAAUGGAUACUUGACCAGGAACAUGAGCGAAGAUUUAGGGUGGGCAUGCAACAGCUGAUGAGGGACAUGAUAGAAUGGCAGGAUGAUCAUACGCUACCAUAUAACGAAUGGAGAAGAGGCCAUAGAUGGAAAGAUGAUGUUGAUUUACAGGAAAUCCAAGACACUACCGAAUUCUUCAGGAAGAUCCGUAAGAAAUCGUCCAAUGUUUUCCUUUACCUUCUUCCAAAAGAUAUUAGUCAGGUACCUUUCCGAGACCGCGUGCAUUCCUUGGUGAAAGAUGAGGAGGAUCGAAAGAGGCGUAAGAGGGAGAAGAAAGAGGCGAAGAAGAGAGAGAACGAGGGUCUUCACAUGGAGGCAAAGGACAGGACCGAUCCGAGUAAUAGGUCGACCACUUUCACGUCGAAUGCGUCAAUCUCAGAAGUUCAGAAUGCUGAAACUCCUUCGACGAAUCAAACAAUGCCCAAUGACCAGCCUUUGCUUCCGAAAAGCUCAGAUCGCUCAGAAGUCGAUAGCAUGAUCCUCGAUCUGUCUCCUUUCCGGAAUGAGCCUAAAGUAUAUGCGGAGCAGCAUACGGAAUUGACAGAUUUGAUUGGGCGCCUGACCGCCUUGAGAGCGCGGAAAGAGGAAUUGACCAAGGAAUUGGAGGAGAAGAAGAAUAGGAAAGCGGAGUUGACUGUGAGUGGGAGAUCAAACGAUGAAAAUGAAAGCAAGACAAAGCAAAGGCAGAGGGCCAAGGAUAAGGAGAGGUUAUUGAAUAAGUCAUUAGACGGGGAUGAGAAAAUCAUCGGAGCGUCCAAAGUUGAUUCAAUCACCAACGAUGGUUGGGCUCGAUCAAAGGUCGAUGAAGAUCUCCAAGUACGAUAUGGUUCUCUCAACUUGGAUGACGAUACAACCUUACCAAAUUCGAGUGAUAUCCCUUCAUCGGCCUUCUCCAGAAGAGAAAUCGAAAUUGAUUUCUCUGAUGAAUCCCAUUCGAGUUCUUUCGAUGGUGAAGGGGAUGGUCAAUCGGUGGGAUGCGAUGUACUCCCAGUGAAGCUGCAGGACGACGACGAAAACGAUGAAGUGAACUUCACACCUGGUCUUGAUACGGCUGAUCAGAGAGACACACAAUACUCUGGUUUGGGUAGUCUGACAAGUCAGAUCACUUUAGUAUAG